UCAACUGUUGUAAUGAAAUUCACUACGCCUUCCAUUGUUGCGUCGGUAUCAUUACUGGCGUCCAUGGUCAAUGCCUUUGGGCAAGUGGCCCAGGUCGUCGAUGCGACCAAUUUUUGCGUCUUUUUACCACCCACCGAUUCGGCGGACCGCAAUAUUGCCGACACGGAAUGGAAUGCUCAGGCGUUUUGUAUGGGCAACACGCCCAAGGCCACCAAUGCCGGUAAAAUACCUGCUGGAUUCAUUCAGUCGGCUCACUUUGUUGCCACGGAUAAAUAUGUUCAAGUGACGGGUCAAAUCGAUCCUACCAAAGCGAAUCUGGAUGUCAAUGAUGACGGAGGUCAAUACGAUAUCAAAGCACCCGAUGGCUCCUCCUGUGCUGGCUGGAAGUACUAUGUCAAUCUGAUCGAACCCACCGGUCGUACCUACUGCAUGCGAUGCUGUAACGAUGACCGAACUUGCAAUCGUGGUAUCUCCGAAAAGGGAUGUGCUCACAUCAUUCCUGGUGAUUACAGU